CACACACACACAGACGCUCUCUCUCUCCUAUCACUCCUAUGAGUGUGUCACACACAACUACCGCCUCAGGAGGACAGAAACAGAGAGCAGCUCCACGACUGCUGAAGUCUGUCCAGAUGUGACGGUUCGUUUUUUGAGCGGUUUUGAAUGCUUCGUUAACGUUACUGAAUCUCUACUCAGAGAAAAACUAAGUUACUGCUAUGAGGCUUGUUUUAGUUUUUAAACUGAAUAAACUAGUCUCUUAGCUUUAUUGAGGAAUACUGGAGAAGGUUUCUCCACACGGGGGGUGAGGUUUGGCGAGUUUUCAUCCAGAAUUUCCUCCUCCUGAUGGACUUUCCCCCUCAGUGAUCCGCUGAGUGUCGUGUGACCGUUAGCUGAGCCGAGUCUGUGAGCUGACUCAGAGCGGAGAUGUGGAGGAGAGCAGACCGCGCUGCCCGGCUUUCAGCACCGUGAUUAGGGGCUGAACUCGGACCUGAGCGGAGGCUCCACACCCCCAUAACUCCAGAACACGGUUACGGUGUUCAGUGAAGAUAUGAGAGAUACUCACUAAUGCGAAGCUGGACGGGUUUUCGGUUACCGGACGAAGCACGAAGAGUUUUUUAAACCGCAGCGCUGGAAACGGAGGGACUUCAGUAUCAACGUUACCGUUGAUGACUCCAGUUCACACACCUGUAAAGGUUUCUACUUCCUGUGCCAUAGCCACACCAUGCCUGAGGGAGCGGGCCGGGAAAACCAGAAGAAGUUCAGCAACCAAGCUGCUAAACGGCCCUCCUCCGUCUCCUCUCUGAGUGGGAUUGUGAGCCGGAUGGCUUCGUCAGGGGGCGCGUCCCGUGGGAGCUGCACCUCCGUCAACACUGUGUGUUCGGACAGCGACCGUGCGGCCAGCCUCAGCUCCUCAGCCUCCUCCGCCUCGUUGCAGGACGCACACUCCUCCUCCUCCUCUUCCUCUCUGCCCUAUGGAGCCGUGCCCGCCUACACCUGCCCCCAGCGCCAGGGCUCCGACAUCAGCCUGGACCUCACGCCCCUGUCCCUGCUGCCCGGAGCCACGCCCUCCACACCACUGCCCAAACUGUCCCGCCUGCAGAGGGUGGCGCUGGAGAUCGUAGAGACAGAGCAGGCCUAUGUGAGGGACCUAAAGAGCAUAGUGGAGGACUAUCUGGGAUGCAUCAUUGACUGUGGAGACCUGCCACUCAAACCAGAGGAGGUCAGCACCCUAUUCUGCAAUAUAGAGGACAUCUAUGAGUUCAACAGUGAUCUUUUGGAAGACCUGGAGCGCAGCUCUCAUGCAGCAGCUAUAGCCGAAUGCUUUGUGGAGAGGAGUGAAGCCUUCGAUAUCUACACCAUCUAUUGCAUGAAUUAUCCCAACUCUGUAGCUGUGCUCAGGGACUGCAUGAAGAACGAAUGCCUGGUGCGCUUCUUCCAGGAGAGGCAGGCCACCCUCUGCCACUCCCUGCCCCUGGAGACCUAUCUGCUGAAGCCUGUGCAGAGGAUUCUCAAGUACCACCUACUGCUGCAGGAGCUGUCCAAGCACUUUGACAAAAGUGAUCCAGGAUAUGAGGUGGUGGAGGAUGCCAUCAUCACGAUGACAGCAGUGGCCUGGUACAUUAAUGACAUGAAGAGGAAACAGGAACAUGCUGUUAGACUCCAGGAAAUUGAGAGUCUGUUGCUGAACUGGACUGGUCCUGACCUCAGUGGGUUUGGAGAGCUUGUUCUGGAAGGUUCCUUUCGGGUCCAACGAGUGAAAAAGGAGAGGGCCUUCUUCCUCUUUGACAAGAUGCUGCUUAUUGCAAAAAAGAGGCUGGAUCAUUUCAUCUACAGUACACAUAUUUUUUGCUGUAACUUGCUCCUAGUUGAAAAUAUGAAGGACCCUCUCUGUUUUAAAGUGUCAGAUCAGACAAUACCCAAACAGCAGCACAUUGUUCAGGCUAAAAAUCAAGAGGAGAAGCGAUUGUGGCUGCACUACCUCAAGAGACUAAUAGUGGAAAACCAUCCUGCAUCUCUACCACAGAAGGCAAGGCAGGUUCUUGGUGAUACUUUUUGUCAAUCUCCACAGUUUGAGCAAGAACCAAACCGCAAGCCGGCCCCUUCUCCUCGGUUGGAUGAUGCCCAUGGUUUUCACAGAGGAAGAAGGCAAUCAGAACCCCCAGAGUUCAUUUAUACUCCCGAGAAGGCCAGGAAAGGUUUGCCGCUUCUUCUGGAAGGGAAUGUGACAUACCGCCGUGGUCGUAGACAGUCAGCUCCUGCCAAGGAUAUAGAAGCAGCAUUUCAAGGUGGUGAGUGACCUUUUUUGUAUGUGUGUUGGAAAGUAGAGAC